AUGGAAACCACAGCUCUGUCCCGCCGGCAGUCACUCGUGUCCCCCACAGAAGAAGCCCACCUCCCAACCUCGACCGUGGACGACAUUCGAAUCGAACCCCGAUCCGCAAGAACCUCGAGCGACCGUCCGCCAUCACUGCACGCGACCGCAGAUGACGGCAGCAAGGGGGCAGCCACCGCCGAGCUGGCCUCGAUUAUGACCAUCGUCUCCAACCCCGUCCCUCCCGGUCCCUCAAGUCCUCUGCUUAACGAAGCCGUGCGACCUCAAGACUUUAUCCCGCCCGCCCGGCCGAGCAGUACACCUUUUCCCCAACCAGAGCCCCGAAACGCAGAGAUAAAAUGCACGAGCUGUCCGGCCGGCGCCGCACCGCACGAUGCACACAUGCAAGACCUGGACGCCUGGGACGACCCAUCUAUGCUGUUGCAGCAACAGCCGGCGGUUCAGGCCGGCCUUCAUUUCCAUGAUUUGCCGCCAGAGAUACACGAGUGCAUUCUUGAUCAUCUGUUUGGGUAUCGCGUUUCGGCGACUUCAAAGAGUUCGGUGGGUAUGCACUCUGUCACCAAGAGCUGGAGCACUGCGCUCCGGCAUUCGAGGAGAAGGGAGCUUUCAGAAUUGGCCCUUGUCAGCAGUGUUUGGCGUGCCCUGAUCCAAGAGCGACUGUAUCGGCAUAUCAAGAUAAAGGCUACCGUGGGGUCAGUAAAUGGCGCCCUGGUUUGGUUCGCCCAAAGGCCACAUUUACGACCGUACGUCAGGCACGUCGAAGUCUGGUUUCCCGUGUUCCAGCCGAAGCCUGGCUCACCAGCCACCAUGGUGCUACAAGCUACGUCUACUCUGCCGACCGUUACUGUCGAUGGCCUAUCGGCUUCUUCAUAUGUUCUACCCGUCGAUAACUGCUCUCUAGACGAGACAUUUUAUUUUGUCGGUACAACGUUCCCAGAAGUUACGGUCUUGACACUGGAGGGCGGCGAGCGCAAAAAGGCGCCCAAGGUCACCCACUUUGUGUAUGGCGACUGCACACGACGGGCGCAGGAAGCCACAUCUCAAUACUCUCCGUUCUGGGGAUCAACGGUUUCCGAAAACGUGGAAAGGAUCAUGCCCAAGGUGCCAUCUGUAAGGACUUUGGUAUGCAAGGGCCAGUGGAACCUGAUACGAAGUGAGGAGGACUUUCAGCACAUUAUGUCUGCCCUGCCAAACCUACAAGAGUGGCAUGGGACAUACAACAAGCCCAAGUCAAAGAGCUACCUGACCAUGGCUGAGAUUCUGCCACGGCUGCCGCCACAGCUAAAGCAGUUGCACUUGUAUCUGGAGGCCGACUACCGGCGUGAGCUUUCUGUCCCGGCUUACUUUCUCAAGGUCACAAACCGGCUACAUUUCUGUCAAAGGCUGGGCCUUGCGGCACUUGGGAAGCCUGGAAGCCCAAGCAUCGAGCACCUGUCGUACACUGGGCGCGUGUGCCGGACCUUUUUCGACGUGUUGGCGCAGUCGGCUGACCCGCGAUCGACGAGACUCAAGAGCAUCGACUUGACGGUGAAGAACUGCUGUCGGCAGGUGCAUAUUUGGAAUGAGACGGGAUCGGGAAUUACGGAUCUCAAAUUCAUCGCCGCGUUCGAGGCAUUGGUUUUGGCGGGGAUCAAGGCACUCAAGAGGCUUAGGGCACUUGAGUACUUGCGGAUCAGAUACGUUGAUCUCGACUCUCCAAUCCCCGCCUUAAACCCUUAUUUCAUCCUUCGACGUGACGGCUGGUGCGAAGGCGUCUGGAGUGACAAGAUAGUCAGGGCACUGCAGGCAUCAAGACCCGAGGCCCGAUUCCGUGACCUUUCAGACAUUCCAAGCUUCAUAGGCUUCGGCAAGGACGGCCGGGUCGUCAUCAGUGCCGAAAGCAUGGGCAAGAUUACAUCAUUCAAACUGGACAACUACCGAUACCUAAGCACCGGCGGCGGAUUCGUUGUGGCGGCUUGA